AUGGCGAUCAUCGAACUAGCGCACAUCACUCUGAAAAACGGCCUUCAAGCGACAGACCGUGAACUCAAGAAGAACCUGAAGGAAGUCAAAAGAGUGAUUGAAGACUACAGCAAACUACAAACUCUUUUCUACACCCAAGUCGACGACGCUUCCGUGCUGUUUGUAGUUGGGGCCUGGAGAAACAAAGACCAUCAUCAGCACGGCUUCGAUGGAUCCCCCCAACAGGCCGAAAUCCUCGAACUGAUCAAAGACCAAAUGGGCAUUGACUGGAUGCACUACAUUGACGUGGACCAAUCACGGAUUCCGCUCGAUGCCCCCGUGCUGGCCAUCAUCAGAGAAAGAUUCGCUAAACACGGGGUGAUUAAAACGCAGUUUGACCAGGAAUUCGCGUCGCAGACCUCUAGUUUGGGCGGGGCGCGGUAUGGAGCCAUCUCGGCGUGGAAUAUCCCCAAGGACAAUAAGGAGAGAGAUGUCAGGGUCAACUUUUCGGGGUGGGAGAGUGCAGAGGAGGCCACAGCAGCGUUUGUCAACACGAUUGAGCAUGUCACCAGGUUUCGAGCCACACCAACCGAACUGAACUUCUUCUUUGCGAAACGGACGGAGCUGGAUUGA